CGUGACUUUGCCUGAAAUUCGCCAUGAUGGCGCCAAACAUUGCUUAGACUGCACUUAAAAAUGUUCAAAUUGUCUGUGGUCAGAGACUUCAGGCAGAUUUGAACCCUGGAUAGCUCAGGACUGCAGGUGGCCCACACUGAUAGCUGGACCAGCAUGCCGCUGAGCAAGAGCAGCAAGAGGGUCGUUGGCGGUCGCGAGGACAGCCCAGAACCCGGCCCGUCUUGCAGAGACAAGGAAAGCAGCGAUGAAGAGGAGGAUCCCAUGCCCCGCAAGGGGAAAGCCUACUCUAGUUCUAAAAUGUCCAAGCAAGGCAAGAACAAGAAAAACCCGGCCUUUGUCAGCAAACAGAAUGCGGGAACCCCAAGUCACAACAAGCCUGCUGAGGGACAUAAGGCCUAAGGAAAAGAAUGGCGACUUUAAAAUCCCACCCCGCAAAUAUCUCCACGAGAAGAGCGACGAGACGUAUGUCAGCGUCCUGCACGAGCUGACGGGCAUGCAGGAGGUCGCCGAGCAUAUUGUCCGCUACGACCUUGAUGACCAGGACGUCACCUGGCUACAGCUGGUCAACGAGGACCGCGAGGAGAUGGGCUUACAGCUGAUUAACGAGUGGAACCUGGAGAGAAUGAUUGAAGAGCUGGAGAACCAGUGCUACGCAAAAACGAACGCUGUGAAGAAAACCGAGGAGGGGCUUGGUAUCGAAUACGACGAAGACAUUGCUUGCGACGUCUGCAGAAUGUUGGAAAGCGAGGACACGAAUGAGAUGGUCUUCUGUGAUGGCUGUGACAUCUGUGUGCACCAGGCAUGCUACGGGAUUCAGACGAUCCCGGAGGGUAGCUGGCUGUGCCGUAUCUGUGCCCUGGGGAUCAAGCCCAUGUGUCUGCUGUGCCCCAAGCGUGGUGGAGCCAUGAAGUCAACGCGGAGUGGCACCAAGUGGACUCACGUGAGCUGUGCCCUGUGGAUACCAGAAGUCAGUAUAGGAGACCCGGAGAAAAUGGAGCCCAUCACCAAGAUAUCCAAUAUACCGCCGUCGCGGUGGGCCCUGGUGUGCUGUCUGUGCAAGGAGCGCGUCGGGGCGUGCAUCCAGUGCUCGGUGAAGCAGUGCAAGACGGCCUUCCACGUCACCUGUGGCUUCGCUCACAACCUGGACAUGAAGACCAUCCUGGACGACACGGACGAGAUGGACGGGAUUCACUUACGGGCUUACUGCCCCAAACACACCAAGAACAGGAACGCCUCCGACUCGGAGUCCCCCAAGAAGGAGGAAGAGGAGGAGGAGAACGCUGACAACGAGAAUGAUAUCUCCGAGGCUGAGAUGGCUCGGCAGCGGAUGGAGAAGCUGCAGCAGUUGGAGGAAGAGUUCUACCGUCUUGUGGACACGGAGGAGAUCGCUGCCAAGUUCUUCAUCCCUGAGGAGGCCGUAGACGUGGUCACGCAGUACUGGAAGCUCAAGAGGAAGGUGAACAACAACAAGGCUCUCAUCACGCCCAAGAUGGAGGAGGAGGACCAGAUGCAGAAGCAGCAGAAGGACAGCCUGAGUGCCCGCAUGAAGAUGUUUGUCCAUCUACGGCAGGACUUGGAGAGGGCGCGUAACCUGUGCUACAUGAUCAGCAAGAGGGAGAAGACCAAGAAGCAGUUCUUCAAGCUCAAGGAGUCGGUGUUCAGGUCGCAGGUUCGAGUCCUCACCGACUCCGAGCUCAACCUGAGUGCGCGCGAGGCGGAGGGCGUGCGGCAGGCGUACCAGUUCGGCUCCAUCUACAGCAACUACGGCGUGGCCUCGGAACUGUGCAGCAAAAUGCCGAGGGAGAAUCUGUUUACCCUGGAGAACCUGAAGACGCCGAAAGAUUUUGUGGAGAGUGGGGAGGAGGGCGGAGGGGAGACCAGCAGGAGGUCGAGCUCAGCCAGCAAGUCGUCUUCGUCGUUGCUCCACGGCAGCAAGUUCCUCAAGGCGGGGCGGGCUGGCCGCAGGAGCAAGAGCAAAUCGGGGGACUCCCUCGUGGCCGAGUCGACGACGGCCGGUUCCGCUGCGGGUGGAGGAGGAGGGGGGAACGAGGCAGAGGAGGUUAACCGCGGGCAGCAGGCGCACCGGCAGAAUCUUUUCUCGAUGGAUCGGUUUGGUCUCGUGAGCGACUCGAACGCAGACACCAGCGAGGAUGAGGUGCCGGCGGCGGGCAGGUACUCGCGCACGGACUCACGGCAGAUGAGCCGUCUUGGCAAGGUGAAGCCCGAGGAGGUGGUGGAAGAGACGUUGAUCAGCGUUGUGGAUGACGACGACGAUGCGCUACCAGAGGGGAAGCCCGACGGGGAGGAGGUCGUGACCCCGAAGAAGUUUGUGCCCGGCGACCUCAAGAAGCGGCUGACCUCCAUCCUGCAGUCGAAGACCAUGAUGCAGCAGAAGCAGGGCCGGUCGUCAGCGGGGGUGGGCGGCGAGCUGGAUGACCCGCUGAGCCGCAAGCUGCACGUGGAUGUGAACCACUCGGACAGCGAGGUCUUCACUUCCGAUACCAACACUGACCUCUUCUCUCCCGCCGCUGCCGACCAGCAGCGCAACCUGUUUGACCAGUUCCGGGUCAAGGCCAAGCCGCCGAUGUCCUCCCCCGAUACUCCGGCUGAGCUGGAGCAAGCGCCGGCCGACGCGGUUGUCUCCACGAGGCCUCCACACAAACGGUUGAAGAAGCGAAGGCACGGCCGCUCGCCCCACAAACACAAGAGGGCGAGGCGCGACGUGUUGUCUCCCUCGGAGCAGUCGACUGGCUCCAGCGUGUCGGUCAAACAGGAAGUCUUGUCGUCGACCGAGGGGGACAGCGGCAGUUUGACCAGUCGCUGCGAACAGGUCCUCAACAACGACGGCUCGGCAGACCUCAACCGCUCGCCCCCGUCGUCAUUGGUGAGCCCGGUGAUUGAGGUGGAAGCCACCACGUCUGACCUAUCCCCCAAGCUGUCCUCACCACCCCGCUCCAGCAAAGACAGGAGGAAGAAAUCUCGGCGGGCCGCGGGCAGCUCGUCCGCUCCGAACAUCAUCUCUCCGUCCCCCCGCGUUCAUCCGAGCGAGGCGUUUGCCACCAUGGACGGUGACAUCUACGUGCCGAGCGGCAAGAUUCAGGUGACGGAGAGGACUAUCGUGCUCGACGAUCCGAAAGAGGAGGAGAAGUCUCCCGUGCGUAGUAAGUUACGGCUGAAAAAGCAGGCCAACUCCCCGGUGAAGGGGGUGGUCAGUUACGAGGUGGUCAAAGAGGAGGAGGAUAAACACGACGUGGUGAGGAGCAGCGACCUCGAGGAGGCGUCCAAAAAUGGCAGCAGCAACAACGUUUUCGAGAGAAUCCUCGUGGAUUCGGUGGACGUGAAGAAGGAAGUGGUGGAGAAGUCGGAGCAGGAAGCGGUGCUGGUGGUGGCAGACGGCUCUGAGGAGCGAAGCCUUCGACGUCACAGGAAGGGAGAGGAUUCUAGGGUGGUCGGUGAUUCCGUGCUCGUGAAGAAGGAGGAGGAGAAGAAGCUGGAGCCCAGUCCAGAGACAAAUACCUCAAUUGAUAUUAAAACUGUGAAGUGUGAGAAAGGUGUGGAUUCCGUGACGGAGGAGAAAGUGAAAACGGACGUGUCGAAUCUACGGCACCGGCGAAGCGGCAAGAGGAGAAGGCUUCGGCCGAGUGGCCAGGUUGCUGCGGCCACGGAGGAGCAGGACAACCUGGCAGGGAAUUCUUCCGACGAGAAUUUUGUCCCCAGCGCGUCUGUUGCUCAAACCAGGUCGACCGAGCGCACCCCGAGGCCUCGGCGAUCUCUCACCACCCGCCGCACACACCCCGAUAUGGUCAAGGCGGAUGACUCUGACGACUUCGCCGAGAGCCCUUCGUCUUCUCCAAGGAAGUCUGCGAGCAACAACAACCACCACACGUCGGGCGGCGGUCGCGGCGGCAGCAACGUUCAGCUGAAACCCUUCCACAACCGGCCCGAGCUGGAUAUUCUGCUGGACAGUCGCAAGCUGGUGGUGAAAGAGCCGCUGAAGCGACAGGUGAGCGCGAAGCUGGGACAGCUGCUCAAGUGUCGCGGCCGCUGGAGCUCGGGGAGUCUGGUCAACGGCAAAGGGCAGACGACUCUAGACAAGUUUGUGACUCGAAGGAACAGCAGCGAGAACGUUUUCGCCCGGGCCGACUCGGGGAACAGCUCAAAGCUCGGGGGCGGCAAGCGUGGCUCUCAGGCGGUCGCCAGCAGGACGGACCUACUACACCCACUUCAAACCAACUCUUCAACCAAUCAUUCUGACAAUGUGCUGUCCAAACAGCAGGACUCGAACCCCGGUGCCCUGGUGAAGUCUUCGUCUGUGUUCGGCGCCCACUCCUCCCCUCGCGGCAGCCUCAGCUCGUACCGCAUCCCCCGCAAGUCGGACGCGGAGGCUCAGUCCAAGGACAGGGCUGAGGGUCAGGGGGUCAAGGCCAGCGAGCCUGACGUGUUCGGCGACACGCACCGCCUGCACAACCAACAGCGGUUGUCACGGCAACUGUCGUUUGAGGACGUGCGGGACUCCACAGACCUGGAGGAAGUGGUGAAAACACCGUCCAAAUGUGACCCGGCCCAGCUGUCUGAGGAUAGGCUGGACGGGGGACGCGGGUACCGCUCGCACUCUCCCGCGUCGAGCGACGCUAGUGGUGUGUCCACACGCGUGCUACACGCUUCGAGAGACAACACGCCCAGGAGAAUGACGCGUAGCCAGAUAGCGGAGGACUCGCCUAGCCCCAACACGCGUUUGCUGCGCCGGAGAGAGGGAGCCGUACUGAAACCUCCACAGCUCAAACUUUCUUGAUAGCGGCCAAUUGUGUGUGUGUGCGUGCGUGCGUACAGUAUGUGGCGUGUGUGUGUGUGUUCAUACUUCCAUGGCAUUAGGGUUAGGACUUGGAUAGACGACAGAGAGAAAUGUGUGUGUGUGUGCAUGCGUGCGUGCAUUCAUGUGUGUGUUUGUGUGUGUAUAUGCUUGCAGGGUGUUAUCUUUUAGGACUAGGACAGACAACAGAAUGUGUGCGUUGUGUGUUUGCUGAUGUGUCAAUGAGUAAGUUGCUCGUGUGUAUCUGUGUGCGGGCUAGUUUGACCCAUGUUUGUGAAUUCUUCAGGGUUCCUGCGGCCUCCUCCUUAAUUCAAGGAGUCCUAUUUGUUGUUGUUAUCGAUCCAGCAAGGAUUUCUAGAAAGCUCUUUGAAUUUGCAUUCAAGGAAAAAUCUCCUUGACAAACCCCUUGAAUUUCGCCAGAUCGGACAUGAGCAAAAUUUUUGGCAGAUUACUCUUGGCACGCCGUCAAAAAAUGGCAGGAAUUUCUAAACCAAAUUUCCUUGAAUUGUAAAAAUUUCUCCUUGAAAUCUCCUUGAUUUGGGGUGGGAGUUCAUGGCAGGAACCCUGAUUCUUGUGUGGGCUUUCUCUCACGUGAAACUGUUAGAGUGAGUGUUUUGUUUGUAUGUGCUUGCUGUCACAUUGUUGGUGUUUGUGUGCAUGCAGGUGUGUCUUCUUAACGUGUGCAAGCGUGACUUCACUCCGACUUAAUUCUGUGUUGUUGUUCUUGUAGUUCAGGGAAGUGAGUAACAUUUGUGUCGUUUGUCGUGCCUGCGCGAGUGCUUUAUGAUUUCUGCAGCAGUAACUUCUAAAUUUUUAUUCUGUGAACGAACUGUUAGAAAAGAGUUUUUGCCCCUGUUUCUUACUGUCACAUGACAAAUUUCUCUUUACUGUACCGAGUUUUCAUCACUUGUUGUUCAUGGCUUGAUAGUGAAAGUUAUUCCUAAAUCUAUUUCAGAAGGUGAUAAAUUCUUACUUUCUUUGCUAACCAUUCUGAGAUUUUUAUAUAUAGAUCUAUGUCCGUAAAAAAAUUUUCCAAAGUAAAUCAAUCUACAAAGUC